GACAGUUGACAUAACCUAUAUAAAUAAAAAACUGUUUUGAUUAGCCAAAUUAUUGAGUUUAAAAAUGUUUUUGAAUAAAUGAUUUCCAGUUAUAGACGUAUAUUAUGUAACGAUACAUAUUUAUAUUCGAAUAAAUAAAAUUCGAAAUCGUAAAAUUCGUCAAAAUGGGUAUAAAAGGUUUAACAACUUUCGUAAGAAACAAAUCUGAACUUUGUAUGGAUUCUUACGAAUUACACGACACAAACGUUGUAAUAGAUGGAGAUGCGGUACUAUGUCAGUUAUACUUGAACCAUACCAUCCCAAGAAACGGCUGUUUCGGCGGCGAUUAUGAUAAAUACGGUAAUACAAUAUACAAGUUCUUCCAUAUGUUAUUCCAGUGUAAAAUAACUCCUUAUAUUAUCCUCGACGGAGGAUACGAGAGCCGUAAAAUGGAUCGAAUAUUAGAAAGGUUUAAAGGGAGGAUAGAUCAAGUGGAAAAUCUGAAUUCCAGAACCCAAUCGAGGAAUGAUACAACACCUCUGUUAAUGAGAGAAGCAUUCGAAGAUAUCGUAUUAAAACUCGGAAUUAAACUGAUAAGAUGCGAUUUUGAGGGUGAUAGAGAAACUGCCAACAUCGCAAAAUCAUUAAAAUGUCCUGUAAUUAGUAAUGAUUCUGAUUUUUAUAUAUUUGAUGUUCCUUAUAUACCAUUUCCAACCGUUAGAAUGACAGUUAGAACUGGAUCUUCAUUAAAUCCAGAUACCAAACAAACUGUUAGUUAUAGAUACAUCCCGUGUCAAGUUUAUAGAAUCGAUAAAUUUUUACAGUGUACAGGGGGUUUGAGUAAAGAUAAACUACCCCUUUUAGCAGCUUUAGUUGGAAAUGAUUUCGUAGACGGAAUCGAUGUUACGAAACUCGGUAUUAGAGUAGCUAAUAAACAUUUUUUAAUCAGAAUCGAGGCUAUAAUAGAUUGGUUAAUAUCAGAAACCAAAGAAACUGCGUUAAGUAAAGUAUUAGAUUUAUAUGAAGGGAAAGAACGGGAAGAAAUGAUUAAAAAACUUGAUGACGCGAUGAACGGUUAUGAUUUCAAAGAAAGUAAAUAUUUGAAGUAUUUAAUCGACAAUUAUGAUGAAAGUACAAAAUCCGAUUUCAAUAUGGAUCAGUAUAAUAGUUAUGAAAAACUAGUGGAAACUUUUCCUAAAUUAUUCAUCGAUAAUUUUCGGAAAUCCUUGUACCCGACUCGAUUUAUGGAUAUUUUGACGCAAAAUAAAUAUUACAAUUUCAAACCGCAAGUUGAGGUUAUGGACGACGAACACGCUCAUACGAUUAGCAACGACAUUAUGGCCGCUAUACACAAAAUAUUAACUGGUUCUUCUGAAAAUCUAGUUUGUCUUAUAAGAUUAAAAAAUGAAGUAAGCGAGGACGCUUUACCUUUAUGCGACAUGGAUCUACCUACGUUCAACGAGAUUCAAACAAUGGAUAUCGAAGAUAGAAGAAGAGUUAUUUUAAAAAUAUUAAAUAUCAAUGAACGUUUUGUAAUGAAAUCGUUAACAUGUUUUCCCGAUAAUUGGUAUUUGCUGAUACUAACUUUGAAAUAUAUGAUUGAUAAAUUCGUGAUACCUUGGCCUGUAGUUUAUUCGAUUCUCUUUUGUAAAUUAGUAAUCGACGUUAUAGAUCCUAAAAUAGGUUUCUUUCGAUCGGGGGAAUCUUUUAAUAAACAAUUUCACAAUAAAAUCAAAGAGAUCACUGCAAAUAGGAAGCAAAUUAUCGCGAAUACUAAAACUUUAAAAAGUUCUUUAGACAGCAUUACUUUUGAAGAUACUCUAAUCGGCAUGAGUCGAGUGAUUCUUUACUUUGAAUUCGAUAGGAGGUUGAAAAAAAACGUUGGUUUAUACGACAGGAAAUUGAUGCAUUCGUUGUCGCAAUUUCAAAGUUGUCUUUUACACAUUAAAAGUCUUAAUCAAUUACUUAACAUGCCAUAUCACGAUUUUUUUAUAACCGAAUGUUUUAAUGGCACUUUUGUUUAUAAUUUUACUUGUAGUUUAAGAAAAAGGGAUGAAUUGGAUGGUUACGUUACGUAUUUAUUUCACAGGGCUCCUUUAGUAUUGAAUAGCUUCGAAAUUAUCAUUAAAUUGAUUAAAGGAAUUGAUAAUGACGAAGAUAAACACACUGUAAACAGCAAAUAACUUUUAUAAAUAUGUAUUAUUUGUAUAUGUUUUUAUAUUGAUUUUAGUACCAAAUAUAUAUUAUUUUUU